AUGAGAGCUUCCGGCGAUGGUGGACGAUACUGCGGCAUAGACUCAAAAGUUACGUUCAAAAAAGAUUUCAAGACGCUGAACGAAAUAAUGUUUGGAUGGGACAAAUUUAACAGUGUAAUGCUAUUUCUUUUCAUACUUCUCUUUCUUAUUUGGGCUGUAAUAUUCUUUGCGUCGUACGAUAUGGAUUACAAAGAUCAUGGAGGUCAUGAUCAUGGGGAUCAUUCAAGCAUGAUGAAUUUCAUGGUACCUGAGAAGGCAAUUUCUAAAACAUCAGACGAGAAUUCCAAGUACUUUUUCGAGAAUUUUGCAAAAAGGAAAAGAGGAUCACAACUGGCUAUACUUGGGAUAUCUCCUGUCAGUGACAAAACAAUUCAUAUCGGUGUAACAAGCAUAUCGAAAAGCGUCAGAGAUUGGACGAUAUCCUCAUUAAAAUUGGAGACGAGGUGA